CUUGUGAAUAAACGAAAAAAUUGGGGACUUGAUUUGCCACUUUUAUAGACCUCGACGGCAUUUAUUAGACCUGUUCAACCCCCAAUCCAGGCUGAUUUUCAUCUUCUUAAUCUAAAUCUCACUUUCAUUUUGGAAGUCUAGAACCAAACAAGAUGCGCACGCGACGAACCAACACGCAACCCGUGGAAGACACCUCCGUCGCCCCCGAAACCUUCAGCGACGGCCUCCCUCUCCCCAAACUCAUCGCCUUCGACCUCGACUACACCCUAUGGCCCUUCUGGGUCGACACCCACGUCAGCGCCCCGAUCAAACCCCGCGACAACAACUCGCGCUGCACAGACAAAUGGAACGAGUCCUUCACCUUCUACCCGGCCGUCCCCUCCAUCAUCCACAGCUGCAAGACCAAGAACAUCCCGCUGGCCGUGGCCUCGCGCACCCACGCCCCGGACCUGGCGCGCGACAUGCUCAAGGCGCUGCACAUCAUUCCCACCUUCAGCGACAACCCCGCGGCGCACCGCACCAAGACCAUGCGCGCCCUGGACUACUUCGACCACCUCCAGAUCUUCCCGGCCACCAAGACGCAGCACUUCGCCAAGAUCCAGCAGGCGAGCGGGGUCGCGUACGAGGAGAUGCUGUUCUUUGAUGAUGAGGCGCGGAACCGGAACGUGGAGACGGAGCUCGGGGUCACGUUCUGUCUGGUGAGGGAUGGGGUGACCAAGGCGGAGGUGGAUCGCGGGGUGUGGGCGUGGCGGAGGAGGAAUGGUAUCCGGAAGGAGAAAAUAACAAAAAUGGACCCCCGCUCACAAACACCAACAGCCCACCUCAAACCACACCCCCCCCUUCAACCUCAACCUCAACCACAACCACAACAACCACAACACCCACACCAACAACAACCACAACAACACCACCACCACCGCCCCUUAUCCACCACCACCACCACAACAUCGUCAACGACCCGCCCCCCACUCGCUAUCCACCCCAGCGCCCAAAUCUCCGACACCACAAUCUUCCAAGGCACGCACCCGAUCUCCAUCGGCGCCCACACCAUCAUCCACCCGCGCGCCCGCCUCUACUCCCACGAGGGCCCCAUCCUCAUCAGCAACAACUGCAUUAUCAGCGAGAAGACCGUCAUCGGCACGCCGGCCCCCUUUCCCGGCAACUCGAGACCCGCCCCUUCCUCCUCCUCUUCCUCCACAACCACAGCCGGUGAUGGCACCGCAGCAGCAGCAGCCGCCCUCCCCAUCCGCAUCUCCUCGCGCGUGACCAUCGGCCCGGCAGUGUCCAUCGCCCCAGGCGCGCAUAUUCAUUCCGGGGUGGUGAUCGAUGCGUUGGCCGUGAUCAAUCGGCGGGUGGAUGUCGGGGCGCAUGCGCGGGUGUGUGCGGGCUGUGAGAUUGCGGCGGGGACGGGGGUGGGGGAGUGGGUGGUUGUUUGGGGCAGUGGGGGAGGGGCUGGGCAGCGGCGGCGGAGGAGGGAGACGCGUGGGGUGGUUUGGGGGGUGCAUCAAUGGUCUCAAUCACAGAAUCAAAAUCAAAGUCAGAGGGUUGAUGGGGAGAAGGCUGGGGAGGCGCCGUUGGAGGCGAGGACGUUGGAGGAUGCGCGGUUGAUGGUGCUGGAUCUGGAGAGGGAGGCUGCGGGGAGGUUGUUGGUGGCGCAGAAUCGGAGGAGGGGCUAAGUGAGGCUCCCCCGAAGGGUCAUAGUUAGAAAGGGUGAAGACGGGGGGGGGGGGG